CCGGGCCCGUCCCCUGCAGUCCGGAACAGCGCUCACCACCGGAGGUCGCGGGAAGGCCGAGCCUGUCCAAGUCCAUGGCCGUCGCGCUGCUCUCCCGGGCCUGCGGCCCCCUCCGCGGAGCAGCUCUGCACCCCUGGGACUGUCGGUGGCUACACACCGUUUACCAUUCUGUGGAGCUGCCCGAGACCCACCAGAUGCUGCGUCAGACCUGCCGGGACUUUGCCGAGAAGGAGCUGGUUCCCAUUGCAGCCCAGGUGGACAGAGAGCAUCUCUUCCCAGCGGCACAGGUGAAGAGGAUGGGCGAGCUCGGGCUGCUGGCCAUGGACGUGCCGGAGGAGCUCAGCGGGGCUGGCCUCGACUACCUGGCCUACUCCAUCGCCAUAGAGGAGAUCAGCCGGGGCUGCGCCUCCACUGGCAUCAUCAUGAGUGUCAACAACUCUCUCUACCUGGGCCCCAUCCUGAAGUUUGGCUCCCCAGAGCAGAAGCGGCAGUGGAUCACCCCUUUCACCAGUGGCGACAAAAUUGGCUGCUUUGCCCUCAGUGAACCAGGGAACGGCAGUGACGCUGGAGCUGCAUCCACCGUAGCGCGCGAGGACGGGGACUCGUGGAUCCUGAAUGGCACCAAGGCCUGGAUCACCAAUGCCUGGGAGGCCUCGGCCACUGUGGUCUUCGCCAGCACCGACAGAUCCCUGAAGAACAAGGGCAUCAGUGCCUUCCUGGUUCCCAUGCCAACACCUGGCCUAACGCUGGGGAAGAAGGAGGAUAAGCUAGGCAUCCGGGCCUCAUCCACAGCCAACCUCAUCUUUGAAGACUGUCGCAUCCCCAAAGAGAACCUGUUGGGGGAGCCAGGGAUGGGCUUCAAGAUAGCCAUGCAAACCCUGGACAUGGGCCGCAUCGGUGUCGCCUCCCAGGCCCUGGGCAUUGCCCAGGCUGCCCUGGAUUGUGCCGUGAACUAUGCUGAGAACCGCAAGGCCUUUGGGGCACCCCUCACGAAGCUCCAGAGCAUCCAGUUCAAGCUGGCCGACAUGGCCCUGGCUCUGGAGAGUGCCCGGCUGCUGACCUGGCGUGCUGCCAUGCUGAAGGACAAUAAGAAACCUUUCACCAAGGAGUCGGCCAUGGCCAAGCUCGCUGCGUCAGAGGCCGCAACUGCCAUCAGCCACCAGACGAUUCAGAUCCUGGGCGGCAUGGGUUAUGUGGCAGAGAUGCCAGCUGAGCGGCACUACCGUGAUGCCCGCAUCACCGAGAUCUACGAGGGCACCAGUGAGAUCCAGAGGCUGGUGAUCGCCGGGCACGUGCUCCGGAGCUACCGGAGCUGAGCUCCUUGGAGGGCACUGGCGCCCCCUGCCAGCCUUGAACUGUAGAAAAGGGGCCGAACCGUGUGGCCUUAACCCUUGUGUCUGCUAAGUCCUUGGGCACUGACCUGUCCUCUUGGCCCCCUCAGGCUGGGCCCAGCUUGGUGCCUGACCUGCACACUGGCUAGAGGGGCUCUUCUGGUCUCUGGUCACCCAGAUGAAGCGGCUGGGGAGAGCGUCUCGGGGAGAGGAGGGUGAGCCCUUUCCACCUGUGGCCGAGGGCCUCAUCCAUCUUUAGCGUGGAUGCCAGGCUCUGCUACCUCCCUGUACCAGCCAGCAGGGCCUCACUCUUCCAGAAGUGGCCUUGGGGAGCAGGAGGGCCUGGCAUUUUGGCCAGGUCACAAUAUAAGAGGGUGAGAAGUUGGGGCUGGGGGUCCUAGUCUCCAGAAGUCGUGUUCCUGGGUUGUGGGGCUGCUCUGCAAAGGGCAGAUGGGUGUGGUGUGUGGUCUGAGGUCACUGCGGGGAGCUGACUUGCAAUAAAGUGUACCUGUCCUG